AUGAUUGAGUCGGUCAUGGCCGUUCGUCUCUCUACUGGAUUCUGCUCUUCCACGGCUUUACUCCAGUAUCGUCCUGCACCGAGCACGGAGGAGGGAGUGAGCUGCUUCCAUUACGCGUCCCGCCGCGUUUUCCAGCCUCAACGUCUCAACAAUAGUGCAGGGAGUGGAUUUCUGAAGUACAGCAGGGACUGUCUAACAAGAAAACACCCGAGAAAGAAUCGAACUCAAGCCACAGCCGAGUACUUAGAUUCAGCAUCAGAUCCAGAAAAACAAACUGGGAAGUCAAGAUAUCAUCCUUCAGAAGAAAUCAAAGCCUCUUUACCACAAAAUGCUGGAGAUUCAAGGCUUUCACCUGCAGAAACUACUAGAACCAUCAUUGAGGUGAACAAUAAAGGAACCCUGAUGCUUACAGGCUCAAUUGGUGAUGGAGUUCAUGAAAAUAUUCUCUGGCCGGAUAUACCUUAUAUAACAGAUCAGAAUGGAAAUUUAUACUUUCAAGUAAAGGAGGAUGAGGACAUCAUGAAGUCUGUUACUGCUGAUAACAAUUAUGUGCAAGUAAUAGUAGGCUUUGAUACAAUGGAGAUGAUCAAGGAAAUGGAGCUGAUGGGUCUAUCUGAUAGUGACUUUGAAACUGAUGACGAUGAAAGUGAAGGAGAAGAUGACAGCGAGGAUGAUGGGGAUGAAGAUGAAGACGGAGAUGAGGAGGGAUGGGUUGCUGUUCUCGAGGAUGAAGAUGAAGACGAAGAUGAUGAUGAGGAUGACGACGAUGAUGAUGAGGAUGACGACGACGAUGAUGAUGAAUCGCUUGGAGACUGGGCGAAUUUGGAAACAAUGAGGAGUUGUCAUCCCAUGUAUUUCGCAAAGAGAAUGACCGAGGUUGCUUCAAAUGAUCCUGUAGAUUGGAUGGAUCAGCCGUCUGCUGGCCUUGCCAUUCAGGGACUGUUGAGUCAUAUCUUAGUAGAAGACUAUUCAGAGAUCGAAAAGAAACUUGCUGAACUCAAAUCUACAAGUACUAACGGUAACAAGGAUGAAGAAAACUUACAGAAGAAGAUUGAAGACAGUAAUAAGGACGAUGGUGAUGAAUCUGAGAAAAAGAGAAAUGCUGUGGCGUUUUACAAGCUGGAGAUGAUAAGAAUUCAGCUUAUUACAGCACAAGGGGAUCAGACAGAAGUAGAAGUUGAAGAUGUCAGAAAAGCACAACCUGAUGCUAUUGCUCAUGCAUCAGCUGGAAUCAUAAGCCGUUUAGAAGAAUCUGGUAACAAACUAGCCGAAGCCCUUAGAUCUUUGUGCUGGAGACAUAACGGUAUUCAAGCAGAGGAAGUGAAGCUCCUUGGUAUAGACUCCCUCGGUUUUGACCUCAGGCUUUGCGCAGGAGCAAAAAUCGAGUCAUUGCGGUUUGCAUUCUCGACAAGGGCAACAUCUGAAGAUGAUGCAGAGGGACUAAUAAGGGAACUAUUAUUCCCGACAACAAACCCGUCGGAGCCACAGGAACCGAUACAAACAAGUCAGAAGGAGUGUUGA